GCGGACGCCAGCACGGCGUUCCUGCGCGCGGCGCGAGCUGGCCAGAUCGACAAGAUCAUUAGCUUGCUCGAGCAGGGCGUCGACAUCAACGUCAGCAAUGCUAACGGCCUCAACGCAAUCCACUUGGCGUCGAAAGAUGGCCACGUGGAAGUCGUCCGCGAGCUUCUUGACCGUGGUGCCUCCAUCGACGCGGCAACGAAGAAAGGCAACACCGCGUUACACAUCGCCUCACUCGCGGGGCAGGAGGCCGUUGUUAGACUUCUUGUGCAGAAUGGGGCUCAGGUGAACAUCCAAUCCCAGAAUGGAUUUACCCCACUGUAUAUGGCUGCUCAGGAAAAUCAUGACGGCGUUGUCAAGUUCCUUCUUGCUAAUGGGGGCAAUCAGAGUCUUGCUACGGAGGACGGGUUUACCCCCUUGGCUGUGGCGAUGCAGCAAGGUCACGAACGAGUGGUAGCAGUCUUAUUGGAGGCCGAUACACGCGGCAGAGUCCGUCUGCCUGCGCUGCACAUCGCGGCCAAGAAAGACGAUGUUAAGGCCGCUAAUUUGCUGCUUGAGAACGAGCACAACCCGGAUGUAACAUCAAAAUCCGGAUUCACCCCCCUCCACAUCGCAGCUCACUAUGGCAAUGAGUCUGUGGCGCGAUUGCUUCUGGCCAAAGGAGCUGACGUCAACUGCGCUGCAAAGCACAACAUCUGUCCAUUGCACGUGGCUGCUAAGUGGGGCAAAGACAAUAUGGUGACGCUUCUGUGCGAUAACGGCGCAAAUGUAGAAGCUCGUACCCGCGACGGCUUGACCCCUUUGCACUGCGCGGCUCGCUCCGGACACGAGAGGGUUGUUGAAGCGUUGCUGGACAGAGGCGCACCAAUUACCAGCAAGAGCAAGAAUGGCCUUGCGCCACUCCAUAUGGCAGCGCAAGGAGACCACGCAGAGGCUGCGCGCGUGCUACUCUCGCGACGCGCACCCGUCGAUGACGUCACCGUCGACUACCUCACUGCUCUGCAUGUAGCUGCGCAUUGUGGGCAUGCUAAAGUCGCUAAACUGCUGCUUGAUAGAAAUGCAGAUGCAAAUGCGCGCGCUCUGAAUGGCUUUACACCUCUACACAUCGCUUGCAAGAAAAAUCGAAUCAAGGUCGUUGAACUGCUGCUUAAAUACGGAGCCAGCAUUCAAGCGACAACAGAAUCAGGCUUGACACCCUUACACGUUGCGGCAUUCAUGGGCUGCAUGAACAUCGUCAUCUAUCUCCUCCAACACGAGGCCAACCCUGACGUGCCCACUGUUCGUGGAGAAACUCCUUUGCAUCUUGCCGCAAGAGCCAAUCAGACUGACAUCAUCCGCAUUUUACUUCGCAAUGGAGCUGCGGUAGAAGCAAAAGCAAGAGAACGUCAAACGCCAUUACACAUUGCAUCACGACUUGGCAACGUUGAUAUUGCUGUGUUGCUGCUUCAGCAUGGUGCUGACGUCAGGGCGAUGACUGCUGACCAUUACAACCCACUGCAUAUUGCUGCUAAACAGCACAAUCAUGAUGUGGCCGCUGCAUUGAUAGAGCACAACGCUCCGCUGACGGCUACAACCAAAAAAGGAUUCACAGCCUUGCAUCUCGCUGCAAAAUAUGGAAAUCUAAAGGUGGCGAACCUUCUACUCGCCCAUGGGGCCUCACCAGACCAAGCAGGCAAGAACGGCAUGACCCCUCUUCAUAUCGCUGCACAGUAUGACCAACAGCAGGUUGCUACUACUCUAUUGGAGAAGGGAGCUGAUGCUAAGGCUGUAGCUAAAAAUGGUCACACGCCUCUCCACAUCGCGGCUCGCAAGAACCAAAUGGAGACAGCGGCUACCCUGCUAGAGUACGGAGCUCUCACCAACGCAGAGUCCAAGGCCGGAUUCACACCGUUGCAUUUAGCCGCUCAACAGGGUCACACAGAAAUGUGUUCAUUACUUAUCGAACAUGGCGCAGAAGUUGACCAUCAAGCCAAGAAUGGCUUGGCAGCACUACAUCUCACCGCUCAAGAGGACCGAGUGCCUGUUGCACAAUUGUUGGUCAAGAACGGAGCAGAGGUGGAUAUUUGCACCAAAGGCGGAUACACCCCACUACACAUAGCCAGUCACUACGGGCAAGCCAACAUGGUGCGAUUCUUACUUGACAAUGGAGCGUCUGUCAAGGCGCAAACUACACAUGGAUACACAGCUCUGCAUCACGCUGCUCAACAGGGCCAUAUCAAUAUCGUUAAUGUUCUUCUAGAACACAAAGCUGACGCCAAUGCUACCACUACCAAUGGGCAAACCCCUCUAGACAUAGCGUCAAAACUGGGCUACGUGACAGUGAUGGAGACACUCAAAGAAGUGUCCGAGCCUUCGAUCGCCCAAGCGACUCAGGAGAAGUACAAGGUGGUGGCCCCAGAAACCAUGCUGGAGACUUUCAUGUCUGAUUCUGAGGAGGAGGGAGGUGAAGAUACGAUCUUGAACGAUCAGCCGUAUCGAUACCUAACAGCUGAUGAUAUGAAGUCUCUAGGAGAUGACUCUUUGCCGAUAGAUGUGACAAAGGAUGAGAGAACUGAGUCCGCGCUGAGCCAUAAGAAUAUAAUGGAGUUGUCGCAAUCCUCCGGGAUGAACGGAGUGCCUUACCAGCCGCAGCAAGAGGUGGUGGUGAAGAGUGUCAGCCGCUACAGCACACAGGCCACCGAGAGCUACUGCUACAACGUCGACCCGGCUAUUCCGAAGAAAAAGUUACAGUGGAAAAACUUCCUGGUGUCGUUUUUGGUGGACGCCCGCGGCGGAGCCAUGCGAGGCUGCCGCGGCGGCGGGGUCCGUGUUAUCGUGCCGCCGACAUCAGCACAGCAACCCACUAGGAUCACUUGCAGAUACUUGAAACCGUCUCGAAUCAACCACAUGCCACCUCUGAUGGAGGGAGAAGCUCUCGCAGCCAGGGUUCUCGAGAUGGGACCAGUAGCCGCCAAGUUUUUGGGACCCGUAAUCCUGGAAGUACCUCAUUACGCAUCACUGCGCGGCAAAGAACGCGAGAUCGUGAUCCUGCGUUCAGACAACGGCACCAGCUGGCGGGAACACAACGCUGACGCUACUGACGAUGUCGUUCAAGAUAUACUACAUGAGACACUUGAGAUUGAGGACACAAACGACGAGGACAAAGGCUGGGAGAAUCAGCGCGUGAUCAGGAUCUUGACCCACGAUUUUCCGCAGUACUUCGCCGUUAUUUCUCGCAUCCGGCAGGAAGUACACGCAAUUGGACCUGAGGGCGGAAUGGUAUCCAGCUCAGUGGUACCUCAAGUACAAGCCGUUUUCCCGCAAGGAGCUCUCACAAAGAAGAUCAAAGUUGGCCUUCAGGCUCAAAUUAUAGACUCGGAACUGACAGCGAAACUCCUCGGCCGCGGAGUAGCUGUCUCUCCAGUCGUUACCGUCGAACCUCGAAGGAGGAAAUUCCACAAAGCUAUAACCCUGAGCAUGCCAGCUCCAAGGCCUCAUACUCAGGGCAUGACAAAUCAAUACAGUACUUCAUCAGCACCGACUUUGAGACUACUGUGCUCCAUUUCAGGGGUAUUUCGCAAACGAUCUCUCGAAGGAGGCACGAAUCGCGCUCAUUGGGAAGACGUGACUGAAAACACGCCGUUGACGUUUGUGAAUGAUUGCGUGUCGUUCACUACGACUGUAUCCGCAAGAUAUUGGCUGAUCGAUUGUCGGCAUAUUGAGGACGCCACUAAGAUGGCCACAGAGCUUUACAGAGAAGCUAUCCACGUGCCAUUUAUGUCUCGCUUCGUGGUGUAUGCCAAGCGAACAGAUGAGCUCCAGGCCCAGCUGCGAAUGUUCUGCGUCACCGAUGACAAAGAAGACAAGGCUCUGGAGAGGAUUGAAAGGUUCCUGCAGGUUGCUAAGAGUCGGGAUGUUGAGGUUCAUGAAGGUAAACCGAUCUACCUAGAAUUCGGUGGUAACCUGGUCCCAGUAGCAAAAUCAGGAGAGCAACUAUCAAUUCCCUUCCGUGCAUUCAGGGAGAACAGAGUUGCGUUCCCUGUGAUGAUCAAAACUCAGGACCUGGAGCCGAUGUGCCGAUGCCAAUUCAUGAGGGAUCCGAAGGUCCAAAAAGGAGAACCCUCGCCGGCGCCUAUCGCAGUGCUAAACAUCAUGGUUCCCGAUGAAGUGGCGGUAGAUAGGAGUUCGCCGCAGCCCACUGACAGCCUUCCACGGCGCACCGCUGAACAGGAGCUCAUUUGGAGACAACGUCUUAGUGAUCCUAGACUGGAAGACAUCUGCAACCUUCUAGGCAAGGAUUGGGUCGCUCUGGCCUACGAACUGGGAGUAAGCUUGGCCACUGUCAAUCAGAUUCAGGCAAAGAGAAUUACUGCGCCGGAGCAGGCUCAGCUUAUGCUGAAGCUGUGGAAGACGCAGUCCGGAACUAAGACGCAGGACACAUCUCUCGAGUUGGCGCUUUGCCGCAUCGGUCGUGAUGACAUUAUCGCCCCACAGUCUGACGUCACCAAUGAACGACGUAUACAGCGCAAUAUCUAUCAGGAGAGACAAGCGUCUGAGGAGAUAGAAGCUUAUAAAGCGGAGGAAGAUAAUAAAUUAAAGGAGAAGAUUCUGGAAGAGAAUCAGAUUGCGGAGCGCAUGCGUGAGACUGAGCACGAUCAAGACGAGGCUAAAUAUUCUCCGGAAGAAAAAUCCGUCAUUGAAAAGAGCGAAAUUGAGAGGACUCCUACGCCUAGUGAAGAAAGUGAGGAAGAUGAAGACGUAAAACGCAGCGUUGCCGAAAGAAAAGAACAAAUUACAAGAAAGCUCAGUUCCAGCAAAAUUCCAGCUUCGAAACAAAAGAAAGAAAUACGUGAAGAAAUCAUUGAAAUCAAGACUCAAAUUAAACCUGAUAUUAAAAAAUUCCACGAUAUAGAACAACAAGUUAAAGUCGAACCUAAAUUGGAAAGAACUAGAUCUAAAACGUCCCCUGAAUCUGUUGAAGAAGAAAAAGAGAUAGAUGUGCACCAAGCAGAAACUAUUAAAAAAGGAGAAACAAAGUCUGUAGAACGGCCUGUUGAACAAUUUAGAAAGUUUGAUCCUUCGUCACCAGGAAAACCUACACCUAAACACUUACAGAGACAUAUGAGAAAUGAGUCAAUGAGAUUUCCUUCUGGAGAUUUUUCUAAUAUCACUGUCACACCUAGAAAAUCAGUAACUGCAGAGACUAGUGAAAUGAAACAAACAGUUGAUAGUAAAGUAGAAACAUUUACGAGAGAGACUAUAUCUCAAAAAGAAAUUUACUCAUCCAGAGUCGAAGAAAAGUUAGACGAUGGUGAUCGGUCGCCGGAUUUGGAAGAAGAUGUUAAAGAUGUUGCUUUAGCUCCUCUCAAACAAAAGAUCAGUUCUUUUGAAUCUAAAAUGUCAAAGGAAUCGUCUAUAGACUUGCCUAAGGCAACUGUUAAGUUAACGAAAGAAGCCUUGAAAAAACAUACAAUGGAACAGGGACAAGGUAUUGAAUAUACACAAGAAUUUGUUAGAAAGCAAUCUGAACAACUUUCACAUAUGGAAAGUAUCGAUCGCGUAACUCAAAAAGUCUCCAUUGAAAAGGAGCAACACGCUGAAAUUGUGAAAUCAGUUAAAGAAACGAUACAGCGAUUUGAUUCCAAACCAAAAAUUGACGAUAAAGUAAAAUCUUUUCCCAAAACAAUGAGGACUGAUUCUACUUUAGUUCAAGUAUCAUCUGAAGAAGACAGUGAAUUUCUUAAGAAAUCUACUGAUUCUGAAACGGAAACAGAAUCUCAGACCACCGUAAAAGUCGAUAUAGAGGAAAGAAAAUUUAAAGGCAAAAUAGAUGGCGAUGUUUUCAACAAGAAAUCUGAAAUUAAACCUAAAAAAACUCUCAAAGAUAAAGAAAAGCAUGAAAAACCUAAAAAACCUGAUGACGAUGAUAAGAAAGGAGGUCAAGGUGUUGCUGUUAAAGUUCAGAAGAUUGAAAAGCAAAUGACUGAAGAAUUAAGAUCCAAAGUCAGUGAAGAAGAAUUAACUGAAACUUUUGAAGAAAAGGAUGUGUCUAUUUGCCAGAAAACCAAAGACAAGGUAAGUAUAUUCUAUAAAUAUACAAAAACGGACUCCAUGGGGUCUGAUUUAGCAAAAAAAAUUUCCCAAGAGUCUCCUAUACCGUCUAUCAUAGACAAGACUGACUCAUUUACUGAUUUGCUGCAAAGCACAGAGAGAGACUUGGAAAGUUUUGUUUCUCAAACCGAAUCAAAGGUAUAUUCUAAAGAUUCUAAACAUAGAAGUGACUCACUUGAUGAAGCGUCACAAUUUUCUGACCUAGAAGAUCAAAUGGGAACAAGUCCUGCGCAAAGGCCUUUAAAAACUGUUCUAGAAUCUGUGGCUAAAACUGGCGAACAACAUGCCGAAAAGAAAGAAAAAUCAACUAGAGAUCAAACUCUAGAAUUCUUAAAAUACGAGAGUGAAUUUAGCUCACAAACGCAUGCUCCUGCACUUGCACCUAGAGAGUCUGAUAAGGUAUCACCAAAAGAGUCUCCAGUUAUUAGCGCCAAAGCAAGGCAAUUCAUUGAAACUGUACCCGAAGAUGAUUCAGUACAAGAAUGCUUCUUUUCUAAAAGGAUUUACUCAGAUUCCUUAGAAGAUUCCGAGCACACUGAUUCAAGACGCCACUCGGAAGCUGAAUCUCUUAAAUCAGACCAAUCAGAUAUUAAAGCUAAGGUAUCGUCAUCAGAUUUUGAUGAACGAGCCGAGUACGAAGAAACAGCUGAUUCUGGUAGUGGUUUUGGAGACGAAAAAUUCGAAGAAAGCGUUGGAUUCACUGCAAUAAAGAUAGACCCAAAAGUUUUAAUUGAAAAGCAAGAUUCGGAUUCCGAUAAAGAACCUGAAGUCAUAUUCAAAAAGAUGACACCAAAACGCCAUUCGAGAACAGAGUCUGUCUCCAUUACGCAAAUAAGUGAUUUGAGUGACAUUGAAAUUCCUAAAACUAAACAAGAGUUUCAAAUAAUUGUUACUGAAGCUGAAGAAGUGGACAGAUCAGAUAAAGAUGAGCCUUCAGACAAAAUUUCUUCGGAAAGCAGCAGGGAGAUCGAAGUAUCCGACCGAAAAUCUUCUGAAGGUAAAUCGGAUAUGAUUAGCUCUGAAGACGCUGUAACAGACAAAAAGACUUCUUCUGAGGAAUCUGCUGCAAAGGAGGGUGAGCAACUAUUAGAGCUAGGUAAAGAAAGAGAUAUAGUUGUUACAAUUCAUGAAACAGUGAAAGAGAUUGAAAGAGUAGACGUAAAAUCGCAGAUAAAAGAUGAAGUUGAUAUAAUUGAUACAGUGAAACGCCAGUCUGUUACUUCAGCAGGCUCAGGAUCCAUAGGAGAGCUACGCUUAGAAGAGAAACGCCUGUCAGACGCUCAUAGUCUCACUGAGUCUAGAGAUUAUACUUUCGAAGAAUCGGAGGAUGAUAUAGGAACUCAAGGAACGCAUGUAGAUGUUUCACACAAAGUAGAAAGUAAACAAGAAAGUGAUCCGAAAACUAAAGUGGCUUUGGGUAAAACAACUGAACCAUCGAAACUUGCCAAGUUAACACAUGGAGAUUCAUUGGACGACGUGGAAGGUUUCCCUGAAGAUCAUGUCACUGAUUAUGUCCAUAAACUACCUCAUAUUUCUGAAAUUGGCGCUGCGUCUGACAGGGAUAUCACUAUAGAUUUCCUAAGUAGAGAAAGAGAUGAACAGCUGAAGCGUGAAACGGUAGUAGCUUCUAAAGAUGUUACCGAGAAAGUUUUUACUACCGUCAAAGACCUAAAAAAGGAAACCAAGGAAUCUAAGUUCGAUGUUUCCAAAAUCCGUACAGAUACUUUAGGCAAAUUCGAAAUUAGUGAUUUAGAAGAAGAAAAGGGUUCAAAACGAUUCGUACCAAAAGAUUUAGACUUAAAAGAAACUACAGAAAUUACAAAAGAGCAAGUAAAACCUGUUAUUGACGAUAUUCUUCAAAAAGGAACCAUCGCUGCUGCAGCGCGAAGUCCAGUUUUAGAUAAAGACGUUAAAACCAUUACAAAAGAUAUAGUUGAAACUGAAAAGCGAUCUUACGAUGCUAAAGCGCCACAUAAAGACGAGCGCAGACAUUCCUGCAUUAGUCCCGCUAUUUCAUUGGAGAGAAUAGCAGAGUCUGAUGUGGAAGACGAUGAGGAUGCUGACAAAGUCGCUCCUGUUUUAGUUCCUGAACCUCAAAAAGUGGAAAACAAAAGUACUACCAUUAAAAAAUCCGAUUCUGCUAUGAAGCAGAUGGCUGACAAUAUAGAAAUCAUUAUUAAGCAGGCAUCUGAAGACGUUGACUUAUCUUCUGAAGAAACUGUGCCUCCACAGCCCACAAAACCUCAAGAUAUUGCUGACCAAGUUUCUGUAGAUUCCAUAAUAGAACAAGCAGUAACAACUGUAGAGGAAUAUUUAGAUUCUUCCAAAGAUAUAAAGCAUCAAGAGUUUGAAGAUAAGAAAGAAAUUAAAAUUGAAGAAACGAAAAUAUUUGCUAAAGAUAGACCGGGUUUAAUGAAGUCCCUUUCUAGAGAUAGCGGUGAAAUAAUGAUUAUGCCAAAAAAGAAACAUGCCAGAACAUUUUCAGUGCAAAGUUCCCCGGAAGAAGUUGAAGAACAGAUUUAUACUGACUCUGAGUCCGAUAUGGACAAGGCAAAAGUUUUGGAAAUCAUUGAGCCCAGCUCUGAAUUCGAUGGAAAAGUACCAGCAUCCAGUUUUGAUACGAGAAAAAUACGAACGGAUUCACUAGAUGACGCUGAUGACUUCCCUGAAAAAGAGAUUGAAUUUGAUGGUGAAGAAGAUCCAUUUAAAUUUCAAGAUAAGUCCCAAAUGCCACAAGGUUCAGAACCUAGCACCAGCGCUUCCCAACCCGAUAUUGAUGACGAUAAAUCCACAGAUAAGUACCCUAAGAAAGCUCAUUUCGUAGAAAGUAUGCUUCGUUCUGAUUUAGUCUCAAAAUCUACGACGGAGUCAUCAGUUACAACAGUAGUAUCCACUCUUACUAAAUCAUCAGACGAGGAACAAAAAUCCGUUCUUGAAGAUGCUACUUCGGCAGACUUUUCUAAAAUCAGUGGUGCUGAUUUAGCCAAAGACCCUUCUAAAACAUCUAUCGAAACAAAAGACGAUUCAAGAUUUGAAGAACCGGUUGAAGACCGAGGUACUCCAGAUUUAUCAAAAAAAUCCAUUGAUCUUACAAAAGAUUACUCAAAAUCUUCUAUCGAUAGCAAAGAUACAUCAAGAGAUUUUGCAACUAACGAGCUGUCUAAGGAUUCUACUGUAGAUCUGACUAAGGAUUACUCCAAAGCGUCGAUUGAGAGUGUCAAGGAAACGUCAAAAUCAAUUGACGAGAAGACGUUUUCGGAAGAUCAUUCUUCCCUAGACGUAUCAAAGACUUUAGCCUCUGAUGCAUCAGAAGGUAUAACAAUGAGCAAAGACUAUGUAGCAACGAGUUCGUCGCUAGAAACCUCAAUAAAGACUGAAAGUAAACUUGUAAGUGAACAUGACGAUAAGUCAAUGGAAAAGGUUAUUUCAGAGAAAGAUAUCAUUGGUGAGAUUGAAGAACAAAUUGCACACUUAAAAUCUGAAUUCCAAAAAGAACAUGAAAGUAUGAAAGAGGAAUCUAAGAAGGAAGCACAAGAAAAGGAAGAAUCAAAAGAAAAAAAGACAGAUGUGGACGACGCAGCUCCUGAUAUGAAAGAACUGAAUAGAAGAUGCUCUAAUCUUCUAGAAGAUAUUUCGCAGGGUGCUCUAAUUCGAAUUGAUUCUAGUCAUGUUACGCAUGAUCUAGCUGCGAAAUUUUCAAAGACUCCACCCCCGUCGCCUGUUGAUUUGAUUGGGAAAGGCAAGAUUAAGACGGAGGAAUGUUCUGGCGAUAGGCAUACCGGGCUACAACUAAGAGGUUCCGAAUCUUCGUUCCUGGACGCAAAUCGUCAAUCUCCAAGAGCAUCUUCAGCUGGAGACAGUAUGUACAGCGAAACUGAAGCUCAUCAAAGUGAGGUUCUGACGGGGGCGUCCAAGGUACUUAGUACAGCUGCCAGACCAAAAUCUCCGACCAAACACUUACCCGACAACAUGUCUUUCAUUAACGUUGACCAACCGACUAUAACUACUGGAGCAAGAGAACUUGUAGACAGAACCAUCGAAAAAAGCAUAGAUGUGAUUGAUCAGAUUAAAAAAGAGCAAUUAGCUGUUCAAAUGGAAGAAAUGCGAAAAAGUAGUUCUUCAGAUACUUUUUAUUCCGAAUCUCGUGUGGAAACAUCAACUUCGUCGUCUUCUGUUCAUAAAAUCGAAGGUGGUGAGCUUAAAUUUCAAUCUAUUGAUCCCCGAUCUAUGAUGUCCGAUAUGGUUGCCAAAUUUGGAACCACAGAUGAAUUUAGCACAAUUUUAACCCAUAAAGAAACUGAAACUAAAAAGAUUUCAGGACAAGAAUUCUUCAUUGAAACUAAACAGGUUUCCUCGUCCGAUGAUGAUUCACUUAUAAUAAAAACUGAAACGACCCAUGAAUUGCGUGGACAAGAACAUGAGGUAAGAGAAAAGACUGUGGUAAAAAAAGAUGGAGAUCAAACCGAAACUUCGCAAAAAAAAGUGGAAAAAGCUCACGAGGCUGCUGCUAAGAGGUCUGAUAUAGAAACGAAGACUGUGUUACGAAGCACAGAUGACACGGAUAUUAUCAAAGUAGAACGGGAAUUUUCUGAACAAGGUUUAUAUACGGGUCGUCAAACUAAGUCUGAAGAGAAAAUGACAGCCAUUAAAGAUGAAACUAUAAAAAAGAAACAUGAAAUUAAGAUUUCGGAACGAGAUAUGUCUCAUGAGCAGUGGGGUAAGGAAUACUUCACACAACCCGGAGAAUUAGAAGAUAUCAAGGAAGAUGAAGAUAAAUCUAAGACGGCAUUUGUGGAAUCUGCUCUUAAAAUAGUAGAAAAGGAUGAAGUGGUGUCUACUGUAGAGCUAUCUGAAAAGGGAAAAGUUGUUAGUUCUAAAGUGGAACAUCACAAGGAAGAAUCAAUAAUUGAAAGCAAAGAACAUGAUGAUCUAAGUUCAGAAGCAUCCUAUGCUCCAAGUUUCAAGAGUGAAACUGCAGAUCGUCGAGGAUCUUCUGAAACCAGUCCUAAAAGUAAAUCGAAGUCUUUCAAAAAGGAUAACGAGGUGUAUGAAGUAGAUUUUAUCAAAGAAAUAAAAAUCUCAACGUCGCCUGUUAAGAGCACCUUUAGCCGAACUGGUAGUCAAGAAACUCAUUCAGAGUCUGAAGCAGCACCAGAUUUGCCUCAGGAUGCAGAUACUCCAAAAAAAGAUAAAUCCACAAAAUCACCGAUUAAACUCCCACAACAACAAAUUCAAGAUCAAGUAUGGGAAGUGUCCUUACAAAAAGCUGAUUCAUUCGAAAUGGCUGACGACAUUCCGAAAUUUUCGAAUAUAAAAGCAAGCAUCGAGACAAGCAGUGUAGCAAAGAGUUCCGAUAGUGAUAGCGAUAAGAACUUAGAACUUAAAACUGUUGUUGAGACUAAAGCGGAAAUAACAACCAAAACCAAAACUGAUAUGUCACCCAGCAUUUUAGAAAUUUCCGAUGAUUUAAGUACAACAUCCAAAGACAUCAUGAUCAAAUCUGGGGAGAGCAUCGACACAGAGUGUAUGGUUAAGUCGUUAGAAUCUCAUGAAGGAGAAAUAUUGCAAAAAUCUAUUGAUUCAACUAUGAGCGCUGAAACUUUACACCCAUCUGAAUUUUCAACUGAAGCUGAUUCAGCUUUUCUUACCGGAACAGAUCAAAAAAGGGAAGAAGUGAAACUAGUGAAGGAAAAGAGCCUUGAAGACAUUUGCAGCAGCGGUUACGAUACCGAUCUUUCCUCUGCCGAGUUUCAUGCAACGAAACUUGAGUCAGAACGGGUGGAUUUUGAUUCAUUGAUGUCUGCUCAACCACUGACUGACUUAUCAGUUUUGGAAAAAACUAUAGAUGAAGUCAAGCAGUCUCUUGAAGCCGCACAAGUGGAAAUUAUAAGUGAGAAAAGCGAUGGGAGUAGUAAGUACAAACAGUCGCCUUCAGAAUUUCAAUUUAAACUUCUAAUUAGCCCAGACCGACCUGAAGUUAUUACUGAAGAACCUCUUCAUACGGAGGAACAUGUUGUUAAAACUGUUUCACAAAAGAAAAAAGAAGAUAAAAUUAACGAUAGCCAAAAGUCAGAAAGUGUUUCGCAAAAAGUAAGCUCUCAAGAUGAAGCUACAAUUUCUGAUGAAGACAAAGAUACAGUGCAAAUAAUGAAAGAGUCCAGUCCACCUUAUGAUGGUGGUGAUAUUUCUAUCAGAUCAGACAGUGGUCCUCACUCGAUCUUGGAAACUGAAAGUGAAAUCAUUCUUUCGGACCGAGAUGGAUCAUCCAAAGGCAGCCCUGAAGUCAAAUUGAGAGUGCAUAACCAUUUAAAAACCAAAUUAGGUGUUGGGGAGAGACGGUCAGCUUCUGAAGUGGAAGGCUGGUCAAGUUCUGGCUCAAGCCAUUAUCACAGUUUCGAACACUCUGAAGGCAGACCAUUAUCUUCAGAUAUUGAAGUUAUGAUGACUGCCCAGAGCGGAACUGAAUUUGAAACCGCCAUGACAAGUCAUGACGUUUCAUCUCAAUCAUUGAGAACUUCAAAGGACUAUUAUACUGCAGCCAGCUCACUUACUUCAAGAGAUAGUAUGAAAAGCCUUGAUUCUGAUGGGUCGAGUCAUGUCGCUAGUAUCGAUAUAUCAGACGCCUCUGAAACUCUUGUUCCUUCGGCUAACGAAUUGAAAGAGGAGUUGAUGGAAAGUAGUACGUAUAUUGAGCAGUUCCUUCACGAAGGUGAAAAAGCUCCUGUAACAAAAUCGAAAGAAGUUAGUGACGAAGAGUCUGUUGAUGACGAAGAACAAAAAGGUGACAUCCUUGAGCCAAUAGGCAAAAUGAAACGAUCGCACGAAAUGCGGUUUCAGCCCAAAGAAAUGAUUCCCGAACAUUUCCCAAUCGAAGUUGCUCCGCAAAGUGUUGAAGUUGAAGAAGACAAAGAAGGAUCCGACACUACCAUAUCAAGCCAGUUAAGGACUGAUGAAAUUCUAUCAUCGUCCAUUUCGAAACUUGACAUAUCCUCGUCAAUAUCUCAACCUGGCUUAGACAAAGAUGAAAUACAAGAUCAAGUAACAAAAACAUCAUUUCAUGAACAGCAAGCUAUACCAUUCGCCGUCACUAAAGUGGAAAAACCCAAACGAGAGUUCGUUGACGUUGAAACUGAGAUUAUUCCCGUUGGUUCAAGUAAGUAUGAAGAAAUUAUAAAGCAAGGUAGUAUUACUACUGAAAGUAAAAAGAUCCCUAAAAGUGAAGCAAUGAUAAUCACUAAAACAACUGUUCAGCUUGAAGAAAGUGCACCUAGUGAAGAACCAUGUGAAGCAAAAGAAGAAUGUAGAAAGACGGUUAUCAAAGAAGUGACGAUCGUGCCAACUAAAGAGUUUCCACCCAGCCCAAAAGAAUUUAUAUCCUCAAGACUUGACAUGUCCUCAUCUAUGUCUGAACCUGAUUUAGACAAAAGUGAAAUAAGAGAACAAGUAACAAAAGUAUCUAUUCACGAACAUCAUGCAAUACCAUUUGCGGUUACUAAAGUGGAAAAACCGAAGCGGGAGUUCGUUGACGUCGAAAGUGAGAUAAUUCCAUUUGGCUCAAGUGAGUACGAGGAAAUUGUAAAGCAUGGUAGUAUCACCACUGAAAUUAAGAAGACUCCUAAAAGCGAAACAAUGAAAAUCACUAAAACAACGGUUCAUCUUGAAGAAAGCGUACCCAGUGAAGAACCAUGUGAAGUAAAAGAAGAAUGUAUAAAAAUGGUUGUAAAAGAAGUGACAGUCGUGCCAUUCCCAAUAACAGAAAUUCAACCCAGCAAAAGAGAGUUUGUUAACGUUGAAGAAGAAAUUAUACCCAUUGGAUCAAAGCAAUAUGAAGAAAUCUUGAAAUCUAAAAGCGAUUCUUCUGUUCCAAAGACGAAAACUGAAAAAGCCAUUGUUAAAACUCCUGACUCUGAGCUAGAUAGUAAACCUAGUUCCACGUCAAGUUUAAAAACUCAAGAACAUUUGUCAACGUCACAAACACCCGUGUCUGCUCCUAGCCAGAGUUCAAUUUCGACUGAUAAUGGCAAGGAAUAUGUUUUGGAUGAUAUGUACGAUAUUUCUGAAACACCUGAGCUAAGAUCAGAAAAGGCAGAAAGCAGCAAGUCCGAACUAGUAGUAACGACAGAAGAAAGUACUGUACGUUACGAAAAGGAGCAAGAUUCACCUACAAGCGAUGAAUUUGAAAUGGUCGAUAAACCAAGCGAAAUGGAUGACUUUGUUGUAAUUGAAGAAGUUGCUAAAGAAGCUCAAGAAACAGAUACUGAAGGCAAAAGUUUGCACAUUAGGGCACAAAAAUACGUUAAACGACAUGACACGGAAGUAGAAGAAUAUCUUUCUAAAGCAUCGAAAAAACAAGAAAGCACAAGCAGUGCAUCUGGGUCUUUAUCUGACGAAGAGUUACUUCAGUAUGAAUUGGAACAGAAAAGGUUGCAGAGUCAAGAAUUAGCUGAGAUAGAAGCUGGAAAACGUUGGAUACAAAUGCAAUUCGAAGGUGAUCCAAGGUAUGACUACGAAAGAGUUCCAUUAGAAGAUAUAAAAGAAGAGGAAAUGACUGAUUUUGAUGCAAGCAGGAUAGGCAGCUUAAGUUCUCAAAAGGAAUCAAUUGGAAGCUACGGUAGCUUCAGGAAUUCUUACGGAAGUCUCUCCGAAUCUGAAAUGGCUUCUCGCAUCAGAUUUAGAGUUCGAGGUGAAAACGAUGAUAUUUCAAUUAGUUCAUUACAAGAAUUUGAAAAUCUUGAAAAAGCCUUGAUGGAACAAUAUCAACAACACUCUUCAUCGUCUCAAGAUUCACUAAAUGGUUCUUUACCCAAGCGUUACGUACUGAGUAAAAGUUCAGGCGAUGACGUUUCUGUAUCAAGUCUGAAAGAAUUUGAAGGGCUAGAAUCGGCUUGCUUUGAAGCCCUGAAAGCCGAAAUAUUAGCUAAGCAGAAAGAAGCUCUCUUACUAGCAGAUCCAAAGGUUGUCAGUAGUAGUUUUCUGGAACAAGAGAAACGUAGCAGCAGUUCUGAUGGCAGUCCACCACAGAAAGGAGGCAGUCCAAGCCAGAAAAGUGGAAGCCCAUCUCAAAAAGGGAGUCCUUCGCAACGAGUUGGAAGCUACGGCAGUCCAUCGCAGAAAUUGCUGGCUGAAUCGGUUACUAUAAGAAAACUAAUCGAUCAAACAAUGGCCUUGGAACAAAGGAUGCAAGAACAAAUCACACCAAAAGUGGUUACUGUAAAGAAAUUUGAUGACAGGGGCGCUUAUUUUGUGCCAGAACCUGAUACUUCUGUAUGUAAGCCUGGUGAAGUGACGGAAGAGUGUAAAAAAGCAUCAUCAUUUAUUUGCGCUGCAGCACCAAGCGAUGGCUCAGCUGAAUCUAUACCAGGAGAUUGUGAAGAGAUGAUGAAAUUAUUAGAAAAAGAAGAGAAAUCCCAACAAGCUUCUGUUUCAAGAACUGUUGUUGAUAGUGGUGUUAUAGAAGUUGUGAGAACAACAACGAUGAUCCAACAAAAGUUCGUCGAUGGUAAGAAAGUUUCGGAGACUGUAACGAGCACAGAUGGGGAGGGUGGUGUUGAUAUACCAGCAAGACCGAAACAAUAUGAAGAAGGUCCAAUGUCUUUCGGAUCAGAAAUGUCUUCUUCAGUGGCAUCUCAACCUUCUGAGCUGGACAGUUUGAUGACAGUUAUUGAAAGACAUUCCUCUGCAGGGGAAAUAGUAACUGUGACAAAGCAAACAAUAAUAACAACAGAGAAACCUGAAGAUUUGGAUUUUUCAAGAGAAGCGAGUGUCGUGCGUGAGCUGUCUCCUUCUUCAGGAAAGUCGAUAGCUCACAGCGUUAUAUCCUUCUCUGGGAAACACUUUACAGAUCCAGCAAGCGGUUCUUGGAGCGGACAGGAUGAGGAGCUCAGCUCAUCAGGGAGUUUUAGCAAGGGUGCCCGCGCAGACUUGAUGCUUGGCAGCACUGACAGCUUGGAAGCCACCAGUUCGAAUGCCACUCGUGCCACCUUUAAUUACGAAGUCGAUACGCCUAUGACCGGGAGUCUUACUUCUGGAGGGUCGAACACCAUGGUGUCUUCUCUGGACACCUUAGACCCAGUGACGGCCGUGCAGAUGGAGAGCCUUGAACAUCAGUCUAGUGAACAUUAUUCACACGACUACGAGGUCCAGGAACCUGAUUCUGAUACUGAGAGAUUGGAACUGGAUGGUCGUGUCCCGAAAGCGAAAGAACGUACCAUCAUGUUCGAUAGCACGGACACCCUAAGUGCCGUCAGCGGCGAUGGAUCCGUCAAAGAGGCUAUUGUUGAAUCGCCGGCUCCGACUUUCUACAUUGGAGAUACACCUAUCGUGCGGGGAGACAGAAAAGAAGACGAGGAUGACCAACCACAAUUAUCCGGCAGCUGUCCUGCCUCUCUACCUCCUGCGGCACAAUCCUCACCGCCUAUUCCCGCUCAACGAAGAUCACUGACAAUGCUGGCGAAAUCACCACCAUCAAGCCUUGACGGAAGUGCUAAAAAGUAAUCAUUUAAGUAUAUUUUCCCAAAAGUUUGAUUUUACUUACCAAAACUUUCACUUAUGUUUUUCUUAUACAUUUAAUCUCAAUGUUCUAUAGUUCUUACAGCUAGAACUUGACGCUUUUGGCGAAGCACUAAAAACUUUAAAUACGACAUUUGUUUAAGAAGGUUUAAGAAAACAUUUGAGGCUUUGGACGCCGAUUUUCUGCUUUUAACUAAAAGUAAACAAAUUUUAACUGAUCUAAAAAUAAUGUUCUUUGCCUCGCUUUAUUGAGAUAAGUUAAAAGAAUACAAUAUUAGUUUUGUGACAGCAAAUUGGUUUAUUUUAGUAAAUACAUGAAUAGAACUAUCGCUACUGUAAAUCAGAUUGAUACAACCUCGGGUACGAUAAUAAUGUACGAAUAAAACAUAAUAUUUACAAUGUUAUAAGUUUCAACAUAAUUAAUUUUUAUAAUGAUGUACUAUCUUAAAAUGACAAAAAUAUCAUAGCACCUUGUUAGCACAUCUAGUGGUAGAUUGAAAUGAAAUUGACACUACAAGUUUUGUCUUUGAAGUCAUAAAAAUCAUAAUUAUUUCUUAAUACGAAAUACAUACGAUGACACGACGACACGACGAACGACGACAAUUGUCCGACGCAAAAUUGACAACCCUUUAACCGAUUUUUGAGUCAUCAUUGUCUAAUCAACCAACAUUAGUAGUGAAUUGACGUUGAUGUUUUCUCUAGCAAAUUUUUACGAUAAAGUACUUUAGAUGAGCCCUAAAUUACACGAUUAAUAUAGAAAAGACAUAGCUCUUGUAAUUAUCGUGUAAUUUAAAUCGAUAC